AAAGAUGAUGGACGAUAGGCUCCAAGCUUGAUUCAGAAGUUAGCGCUGGGAUGCAGCCACCGACUUACAGGCCCGGCCGCCCUGGUGACCAUCAUGCUUGUGAUAAGCCCCCAUAUAAGGUACGCCUAACCAAAAUUAAUCUAGCAUGCACAUGUACAUAAUAUGGAGAACACAUCUGACCUCAGUCACGCCUGUCCUAAUUAGAGCUUUGAUAGGCCUCCCUGGGCCUCAGGUGUGGCAAUACUUACCUUGUUGGCUCAAACGUGGAUCCGAAAUGACAGUAAUCUCUAGUAGUUGGACAUGGGUGGGAGCGGCUCAAGAGUGAUCUACUUUUCGGGGAUUUGAAAAUUCCCCCAAAGGGCCCAAAUGUAAAAUGUGGUACAAAAUCACCUAUCUUUCAUUUUCACCUUUCACCGCCCAGCCGUAAUACUAACCCUCCAGUUUCACAGUGCUUCUUCGCUUGACCUGAUAUAUCGGGUCUGGCCAUGUCCACGUCACCUCCAUUUCUGCCCAGCGCCCUCCACAAUGAGGUAGUGCAGGCUGAGGACAUCAAGUCAGACGAAUCGCCUGACCCGGACGCGAACAAGAUUGCUAUCUCAUCCAUCAGCAAGGAUGAACCACUCGUGACGAGAAGGGAGUUGUGGAGCUAUUAUCUGUACUAUAAUGGUGACAAUGUGAGUCGGUCGAAUAUUAUUGGGCCCGCUCUGCUUAUCUAUACUUCACACAAUCAGGGUGUCGGUCCUCUUGGCUAUACACAAACUCUGUUCCAGGGGCUUGCCACAGCAGCGGGAUAUGAUCCUGUCGCAGGCCCCGGCUCGUCAUGCCUUGCAACAACUGCUUCUGGCCAAUGCGUAGUUCCCUGGGGUAGCGGCACAAAGUCAGUUUCUAGUGUGGUGCUGAUUGCGAAUGGUAUCAGUUUCGCUAUAAUGACAACUAUAUUCACUACCAUUGGUUCUGCUGCCGAUUACGGCACUUUCGGACGGUGGUUACUGUUUGCUGUCACAGUGGUAUGCUGGGCUGCACAGUAUGCCUGUAUGGCGCUUACCACGCCGAACCGAUGGGUCCUUGCGAUGGUUCUUUACAUCAUCGGUUUCGUUUCAUACGGCGCAACUCUUGUUUUCUAUGCCGCUCUAUUCCCUCGCCUCGCGCGCAAUACCCCACAUGCACGCCAAUUAAGAGAGAAGUUUGAAAACGGCGAGAUUUCUCCUGAAGUUUACGAGCAAGAGGAAUCUCUGGAAAAGAAUAGGAUCAGUAAUAUUUCUACCGUUCAUAGUAAUGUCGGGUAUAUAAUUACCUUAUUACUAAACUUAACACUUUUGUUGCCGAUGACGAACAACCCCAAGGUGGACAAUUAUGUCCUCGUGCUUGUCACCACGUACUGGGUGGUACUUGGUAUCUGGUGGUUUAUCCUCCAGGAGCCCAGGCCAGGCCCUAGUUUACCUGAAGGAGAACACUACACGACGAUUGGGUGGAAGCAGAUCUGGGCUGCGCUGAAGACAUACAAGCAUCUUCCCUACACCUUUGUGUAUCUGUUCUCUUUCUUCCUUCUCGCAGAUGGACUGAAUACCACCGGAACUCUCGUUAGCAUUUGCCAGAACAACAAGUUCAGUUUCUCGUUCCUGCAAAAUACCUACUUGGGCUUGUCACAGGCGAUUACAUCGACUAUCAGUACUCUCGCCUUCUGGUACAUCCAGAGAUAUUGGAAGAUCAGCACGAAGAAGAUGUUUGUGGUGACUAAUGUUGUUACUAUUUUGAUUCCGCUGUGGGGUAUGAUCGGAAUAUGGACAGAAAAACUUGGAUUCCAUAAUGUCUGGGAGUUCUGGGCAUACAACAUUGUGUUCGGCAUUUUCCAGGCGCCUUACUACGCGUUCUCCCAGACAAUGAUGGCCGAGCUUAGUCCGCCCGGUUUUGAUAACAUGUUCUUCGGUCUGUUCGGUCUGUCCAACCGCGCUUCUUCUAUGGUAGGACCCAAUGUGAUACAGGCCAUCAUUGACAAGACGGGGAACAACUGGCAGGGGUUCCCGUUCCUCUUUGCGUUGUGCGCGGCUGCUUCGAUGGUGAUCUGGUUCGGGGUUGAUGUCACGAAGGGGCGUAGGGAUGCUGUGAGGUGGGCGGCUGAGCAGCGCAGCCACACACACUAG